GCGUUGAUUAAAACGGCCCAUAUAACAAUGGAACACCAGACUGUUGUGCACACAUCGCAUGGAAUAGUUGCGUUCUUACAGUCAAACGCGUUCACACUUUCCACGGCAAGACAAUCAGCUUUGCAAAGCCUAUUGACCAAAACACACAUACAUUAUGAGGCUACAACCAGAAACAUGGCGACUCAGAUGGGAAAUGGGGAGGAGCAUGUGUGUGCAGAACUAACAGACCAGGAAAUGAAACUUCAUGCGACGCUAGAAAAGGAGCCGCUAACUGACCCUGAUGACACUUACUACUGCGACGGCCAUAGUCACCAGACGCUAGACAGAGAACUUGUUGCUUCGUAUGCUGUGGUACACAGGUCAAGGGGAAGCUGGGAAACAAUCACAACAGGCAUAGUUCCUCAGCCUGCCUCAGCACAAACCGCAGAGUUAAUGGCUCUGACAGAAGCGUGCAAAGCAGCUGAAGGCAAAAGAGUGAAUAUCUAUUCUGACUCUGCCUACACUCUACAAGCAGUCCACAUUGAUUUAUGCCACUGGAGGAGAAAAGGAUUUGUAACUAGCAAUGGGACUCCUGUCAAACACCUGCAGCCACUGCUAGAUUUAUACCACGCACUAAAGAAACCAAAGCAAGUAGCAGUAAUGAAAUGCAAGGGACAUCAGACAGAAGCCUCAGAGGUAGCUAGAGGUAAUAAUGCUGCAGACCAGGCGGCUAAGCGCACAGCAGGAUACACGCCAAGACACCAAAUGAUGCAAAAAGCGGAGGAUCCAGAAAGUGCUAAGCUAGACUUACAACAUGUCGUGAAGUUGCAAGAACAAGCUGCACCUACAGAGAAGCAAGCCUGGCUGAACAAGGGAGCCAGCAAAGGCAGUGAAGGUUUGUGGAGAAGCCACGAGGGGAAGGUAGUGGCCCCGGCGGUGUUGUUGAAUAUGUUGUGCCAGGAGGCCCAUAGUCGUGGACAUGGUGCCAGUGGACGUAUGAUAACGUUAAUCUCCCAACAAUGGUGGCAUCCAUUCCUGACCGACAUAGCUAAAUAUUAUGUCCAAACAUGUGAGAUCUGUUGUAAACACAACCCGAAGGUGGCGUUGAAGGCUGGACUUGGAAGUUUCCCUGCCCCUAUGGCACCAUGGAAAGAGGUGGUAAUUGACUUCACAGACAUGGGAAUGAAGAAUCGAGUUGAGGGCAAGAGG